AGUGAAGGUACUGAAAGAGUUCUCACCCACAGAACAUAUUCUGGUUACAGAAGCCAACUGCAGUUCUUGUAUUGUGUUGACACUGAGCCAUUAGUUGUGAUGGAUCUGUUCUUUUUAAAAGGGUCGUAAAAUAUGCAUUUUGCAGCAACUUUUAAACUGUAUGUCUUUAACUUUUUGUCAUAGGAAGGAAUUUCUUGAUCUAAUGGAGAAAUAUGGCUUACCCAGAAGGAGUUCCCCAACCGAGCUGCUAGCUGAUUUAUCUGCUGGUGGUCUCUCUUCUGGAUCAUCUUCAAAGUCAUCAAGUCCUUCACUGUUCUGUCCAAAAGGCACUGUCACAAACUAUCCUGGAAACCCAGCCCUGGAACCAUCCUUUCAGGCCACCACAAAUGACAGCAUGUUUCAGAUUAUCACUGUUUCCAAGGGAACAGGCCUUGGCUUGAGCAUUGUAGGAGGAAUUAACAGAGAUGAAGGGCCCUUGGUGUAUAUUCUGGAAGUUAUUCCUGGAGGUGAUUGCCAUAAGGAUGGUCGCCUGAGGCCCGGAGACCAGCUUGUAUCCAUAAAUAAGGAGUCCUUGAUUGGAGUCACUCAUGAAGAAGCAAGAGAUCUACUCCACAGUUCAAAGAUGAGAUCAGACUAUUCGUGGGAGAUAGCUUUUGUUCGACAGGAGACUGUUCACAGUCAUGUGGAGAAUAUGCAGCCAACCUUUGGUCUAUUACCAUCAGUUGGUUGUAGCCAACAGCGUAAUCCGCAGACGUCUCGCCUACCAUUGACCCCUGAUGAGCAUAUUGCUGCCAAGAUGUCCAUUUUGAGCUUGAAGAAGGCUGGUUUCAAGGAGAGAGACAAGUCUUCAACCGUUCCUGCAAACAAUACUGGCGAUGUGACGGCUGGCGCUGCUGGCCCCACCUGGAGUGAUGAUUAUGGACCGCAAAGAAGGAAGAUUUCCCUCAACCCCUCAGUUCGUCUCCAAGCAGAUAAACUGGAGAUGGCGCUGAAUUACCUUGGGAUUCAACCUACAAAAGAACAGCAAGAAGUCCUACAGCAGCAGCUACCAAAGGAUUCUAAAGGAACAGUGUCUUUCGGAGAUUUUGUUCAGGUGGCAAGAAGUCUAUUUUGCUUGCAGCUGGAUGGAACAGGGGAUGCCCAUGGACUCACCCGCGCAGUUGCCAGAUUAUUAGAUUCGCAGUUUGUGUUGCAUGAUCCUCUGGAAAUGGAGGAGGUGGAAGAACUCAGGAGAGAGAAAAAUGAAGCUUUAAAAGAAGUACAUAAACUCAAGGAAAAGCUUACUGAAUCAGAACGUCUAAGACAACAACUAACCGAAGAGCUACAAACAACUAAACAAGAAGCCAAGGCCUCUGUGGAAGAGUCAAGGGCUCUGCGGAGUAGAAUCCAUCUUGCUGAAGCUGCGCAAACACAAGCUCGUAGAAUGGAAAUGGACUAUGAGGAAGUAAUCGGCCUUUUAGAGGUGGAAAUGGCCAAACUGAAGGCUCAGCUUGCCAAUCACGGUGGACAAAAUAAAGAUAGCGUUCAAGAUUUAAGGAAGAGGAUUACUGUGCUCGACUGUCAACUGAGAAAAUCUGAAACCGCCAAGAAAACGUUUGAGGUGGCAACUGGGAAGUUACUGCAGUUUGUUGAGGUUGUACAUGAAGCCCUAUCGGAUAACUUUACUUCCCAGCCCAAUUUGAGUGACAGAAAAGCCUCGUUCUCUUCUAAAAUGCUUCUUGCACGCCUCGGGAAGAACGGCCGUACUAUCACAGCAUCCCUUGCUACCGAAGCGAGAGAACUUGCUAAGUCUGUCCGCGCCAUUCUAGAAGCAGACUGCCUGCCUUACGGAUGGGAAGAGGCUUAUACAGCAGAUGGAAUCAAAUACUUCAUCAACCACGAGGACAGGAAUUUGAUCAGUGCUGAGUGAUAGUCGCUAUCAGUUGUAACGUGAUUUAUUGCCACGUGACACAGACAACAUCAUGGAUCCAUCCUAUCACCAGUGUCCUCACCUUGCCAUGCUCCGAAGAGAAUGAAGAUGAUGGUUUCCAAGAGCUCCCGGAUCCCAAAAGCUGAUGACAUCCACAGGUGGAAAAUGAGCACAAUGUGGUUUCAACCUCCUUGCUGGAAGGUGACCUCUUGCCAGAGUUGAUCAGCUAGUUCCAGUUAGAAGCCUUUCCACUGACUAUGUGGGACUGGGUUCAGGGGUGAAAUAAUUUGUCCCUUCACAGUAUCUAUCUUCAUCAGUGGGCUUUUUCCAGCAUCCCAAAGGACAAGAUUCUGUUAAUGUGCAUAACGCAGCAAGCACACAGUAGUUGAUCAAAUUGGGGGAAAACAGCGAUUUGUACCUGCUUCUAAAACCUUUGUGUACCUGCAAGCUGGGGCUCCGUAAGUGUCAGGAUCUGCCGACCUCCCUGCAAUAACCAGACUCUUGGAUUCAGAAACUGGUUUACUGACAGGAACCCUGCCAACAGGAUGCAAGCAAAUCUUGGCUGGAACUCAGUUCUAAUGGAUAUUCUUUGGUUAAUUUCCCUUUCCCCAAACACCCCUCCAGCCCCGCCCUCACCAUCCCAGUGGGGUGAAACCACUAAAAGCGUUCUCAGGCAGUGCAAAGUAUCCACAGCCAAAGCAAAGAUAGUCCAGGCUUGGAAGCAAAAAAUAUACAACGGAAAAUGAUGGGAAAUUUGACUGCCCUUGAAUUGGGACAGUAUUUAUAAGUAAUUCAAGCCACCAAUUCAGGAUUUUCAUUAAUUGUCAUGAACUUGUAUUACAGUCACAACGGGUGACAUUGACGCAAUAAUAU